AUGCUGCGAAAAAAUCGCCUCUACCCAAGAUACUCGCUAAAUUCUUCGGACAACGAGGACACACCGAUCCAUCGGUCGAUUUACGCACAGCCCUACAAUUCGCAGCUGACACCACAGCUGCAGUGCAACAUUCCCGUACUGGGCGGGGGACAAUCGAACAGUUACAGUGCUAACAGUGGUUAUCGUUCGGUGAAAGGAUCGGCAUCAUCAUCAUCCUCAACACACGCGCCCCAUCAGACGACUACGACACCCUCGUCGGACAACGGUUCCAGUGCGACGCUGACCGAUGCCGAACUGGCCUUGGUGAGGGAAAACACGCUGCUGGUUAAUAACGGUAAGCACCGUCUGUGACAGCUAACAAUCAAA